UUUAUGAACAUUUGUAAGCUCUUCCAGGAUGUUUCCAUGUUCAUUUGGCUGUGCCGACUUCAGCCGAAUCCAUAUGCUGAAAUUAACCAUAUGUGCAUUGGCAACCUUAUAAAUAAGUUAAACUUUAAACUCUACCGUAACCAUUUCCACAAAGACCUUCAGAAGAACACAACCACAGUUGCUUACCCAAUGGCCUCUUCCAAGAUCUUCUUCAUCAUUGCUGUUGUCACUUACUUUGCAAUUCCUUCAAGUUUGGCCACUGAGUUUAGGGUUGGUGACGAGAAAGGAUGGAGUCUUGACUUUGAUUACCAAGGUUGGGCAGCAGGAAAGGAAUUUCAUGUUGGAGAUAAGCUUGUUUUCGUGUAUACACCGGGUGCCCACAAUGUGCUUAGAGUUAAUGGAACUGAGUUCCAACAAUGUGCAGCUGCAGAUAACGUUGUUCCCCUAACCACCGGAAAUGAUGUGAUUACACUUGCAACCCCAGGAAGAAAAUGGUACAUUUGCGGUGUAGCCAGGCACUGCGCAGCCCGGAACAUGAAGCUUAGCAUAACUGUGCUUUCUCAAGUAGGAUCUCCUUCUUCUGCUCCUGCUUCUGCUCCCAACUCACCUACAUCACCUUCUGCUGCAAGAGGAAAUGCUGGAUCUAGCUUUUAUGCAUGGAUUGUGGUCAUGGUUAGCUUUGCUGGGUUGGUCCUUGUUUAAUAUUGCAAUAAUGUUACUAGAUCCAUUCCUAGGCUAAACUGUUUUCGAGUGUUUAAUUCUUGAAUUUGCUAUU